AUGAGGUCUGCCAUAUUAUUACUUGCAGCAGCAAGUUCCGCGCAUGCCACUUGGCUGCGAUGGUCCGUCAACCGCGAACAUGUCUGGGCUGCCCAGGAAACAGGUCAUAUCUCAGAGAGCGAGAUGACUGGAUGGACCCCGAUACCGACGCCUGCCCCAGGUCUGCGCAGCGAAAGUGAAAUCGUCUUAGAUCUGCUCCGACGUCAACGGAAAACAUCAGAGACCGAUUGGACGAAUCCCGGGACAUGUGGUUGGUUCUCGGGAGUGUCGUCAUCUGCCGUCAUGUGUGGCAAUAAUUUCACCUGCGCAACCAAUUCAAACAACGUUGUCGCAUGCGCAUCAGGUACCUUUUCACCCUUUUACACGGCUUGUCUCGACUACAGGGCAUUCCAAGCCGGUUCAUGCACAAGUCUCGGUGCCGCGACAGGAUGCUGUCAAGAGGAGGCGGAACCAGCAUGCGGCACUUAUCUUUGGACCGGUCAACCGGAGCGCUCCAUGUAUAAGUGUUUCGAGACCGCAUCCAUUGUCACCAUCCUCGACGUCCCGCAAUUCGUCGUCGAUGCAUCUCUGUUCUCCAAGACGCAUACGUCUUCUACGCCAACAAUCACGAAGUCCGGCACUGCCACCGAUGCCUCAUCCGGUCCAGACAAUACGGGAGGAGUUAGUCCAGGCUCGGACUUGGGCUCGGGUUCUGACGGCAGCUCAGGCUCUGAUGGAAGCUCCGGGAACGAUGGGAAAUCCGGAGAGGGUUCUGGUGGAAAUUCAGGCGGCUCCGGCUCUGAUUCCGGCACAGAUAAGAGCUCAAAUAAUAUCCCCAUCAUCGUCGGGAGCGUGGUCGGCGGAGUCGUAGGACUGCUCUUGCUACUGCUCUUGUUAUUAUGUCUAAACCCCAAGGCAAAGGGCAAGCUCGGUCUAAGUUACACGCGCAACAAGAACAAUAAACAAAAGUCUCACGCGAAUAACGCAUACCACACCACAAACCUAACAGGUGCUGCAACAAAGGGGCGCAACUCGUCAGGGAGCGAGGCGAUGUCGGUAGUACCCGUAGCGGCACAGCAGCCGCAACACCAGUACUACAACCAGGAACAGCAUCACUAUCAUCCGCAAGCCCAAGUCCAGUCUCAAGUCCCGGUUCAACAGCAGGCACCUCCACCACAGUAUCAGGCAGGCGGACAGCAGCCCGUGACGAUGGCAUACACAGUCAACCAAGGCGCAACACACACCUCGCAUCCCUCCUAUUCAAGCACAACCUCCUACGCCACAACAAACCCUGCACCAGGCGCCGCAGCACCUAGUUACGUAGUCGCCGGCGUCGUCCCCGUCUCAAACGACAAGCAACAAUAUUCACAGCCUCAAGCGCAAUACCAGCAACAAGCGCAACCACAACCACAAGCCGGGGUAUCGCAGAUGCAGCCCGUGAACCACAUCCACGUGUACUACGCCGUGCCGCCAGCACAAGGCACAGCGCAAACCGGCUCAUACGCGUACGCACAAGCUACGCCCGCCGCAGACACGCAUAGUACGCAUUCCAAAGACGCCGUGCCUGACGCGCUAGGUCUGUACACGCAGUACCAGGAUCACGGGCCGGGGUAUAGGCAGAGUUUCUAG